GCUGAGGAGCCUGCUGGCUACACACCCAGCUGAUAUGGGGACCAACGGAGCCAUGCGACUGGGUUCUGCAAUCCUCGGUUUACUCCUGCUCCAAGGCUACAGCUCUCAGCCUACGACGACUCAGAUCUCUCAGGAAAUUCUACGGAAGACUUCUCAAGGCUCCCUUGUACCCAGUCAGCCUGUGACGCCGAGGUCAAGCACCAUGGGUAAUCACUCCCUUUCUUUGCCUGCACAGAUGUCCUUCCAGGCACAGAAGCACAUGCUGGGACCUGGUACAGGCCCAGGGGCCCCAGAAAGCAGCAGUGGCAGCGGCGGCAGUGGCAGCAGCAGCAGCAGGGGAGGAGACUCUCUGAAUGCUACUCCUAGUCCAGUAACCACCAGCCUGCUGACAAGGGAUGCUGUGACCAUCCUGCCUAGCCCUGCAUCAGAGUCAGUGCUAACCGUGGCUGCCUUUGGUGUUAUCAGCUUCAUUGUCAUCCUAGUGGUUGUAGUGAGCGUCCUAGUCGCUGUGGUCAGUCUGAGGUUUAAGUGUCGGAAGAACAAGGAUUCUGAAGAUCCGCAGAAACCAGGGAGCUCAGGGCUAUCUGAAAGCUGUUCCACAGCUAAUGGAGAGAAAGACAGCAUCACACUCAUCUCCAUGAAGAACAUCAACAUGAAUAAUAGCAAAGGCUGCCCCUCAAUGGAAAAGAUUCUUUAAAAGCGACCUUGAGUCAACAGGGUCCAUC